AUGUCAGCCGCAACAGCAGCAGCAACAAUAGCCAUACGAAUACCAAAACGACAUACAUGGCUUACCAUUGCAUCCACCAGCACAGCAAGACAACCAUGUUAUCGACAGCGAUCCGCAUACUACACAGCCACUGCCGCUAUUACAUUAUUACGACGCACGCACAAAACGCAUAGUGGUACCAGCCAUGAUCAUCACCAUGUCGAUUUGCUCACUACAAUGCAACAAUCGGGGCAAAAGGGUAUGCAAAUCACGAUCAUUGGUCUUGCUUCGAAUGUUGGGUUGACUGUCACCAAGGGUGUAACCGGAUGGGCCAUGAAUUCAGCAGCAUUGUUGGCCGAUGCAGCACAUUCCCUUAGUGAUUUGCUCGGUGAUUUUGUUACCUUGUACACAUACAAAAUGUCGAAGCGGCCACCUGACGCAUUAUAUCCUUAUGGUUAUGGCAAAUACGAGACCAUUGGGUCACUAGCACUCUCAUCUCUCUUGAUUGCGGGGGCUGUCGGCAUCGGAGUCCAUUCAUUAGAUCUACUGCAAAGCACACUGACCACAUUAUAUCCGGCAACACAAACCUCGGCAGCCGUUGCAGCAGCAGCAACUACUACUACCACCACCACUACCGCAGCAACAGCAACAGGUGUUAUGGGUGCUGCUACUAAUGCCACACCAGCUGCAUUUGCUGCCAUCCCAUCCAUGGCUGGUGAAACAGCACUGAAUCCCAAUGCUGCAUGGUUUGCUGCUGCAAGUGUGGUGAUAAAGGAAUGGCUAUAUAGAAAGACUCUCAAAGUGGCACGUGAAGAACGAAGCGAAGUAUUGGUGGCAAAUGCAUGGCAUCAUCGAACAGAUGCAUUAUCAAGUGCAGUGGUUAUGUUUGCUAUUGUAGGCAGCUAUGCAGGUCUUCCUGUGCUUGAUCCUCUUGGCGGGCUGGUGGUUGCUGGCAUGAUCUUUAAGAGCUCAAUAGAAAUGACAACAUCCUCCCUAAAAGAAUUGGCCGAUAGGAGUAUAGAUGCCGAUGAUCUUGACAAGGUGAAGAGAACAAUGAUGCAAAUGAAGAGAAUGGAGCCACACAUCAUCGAUUUUCAUUCGUUGCGAGGUCGGAAACUCGGCCCGUAUUAUCAACUUGAUAUGGCACUCAAGGUUCCACCCCAUCUCAGUGUACUGGACGCGCAAUGCAUCGAGCAACGGGUGCGUUCAGCUGUGCAUCGUGAUUGUGAACAUGUCCAACAGGUGCUGGUGCGCUUGGAAACAUAG